AUGGGUAGCAGACGUCAUAAGAAUAAACAAGCAGCUCCACCAACUUUGGAUGAAUUCCAAGCUAAGAAGGAUAGAAAAUUGAAAAGAUCCAAUGAUAAAGAUAGUGAAAGAAAAUCAAAGAAACCAAAGUUUGAUGAUAAGAAGGAUGUUAAACCAAAAUCUGAAAAGAAGAGCAAGAACAAAAAGAAGCGCUCUGUAGAAGAUGAAGAAGAACAACAACAAAAAGAAGAGAUGGAAAAAUUACCUGAGGUCGACUUGGAAGAACUUUCCCAGGCCAAAAAGUCUUUAUUUGAUGAUGCUGAGGAUGUCCAAGAGCAAUUAUCUGGGGAAGAAGAUGAAUUGAAAGAUGAAUUCGAUUUGGAACAAGAAUAUGAAGAUGAUAGUGACGAAGAAGCGCGUGCUCAUCCAAUGUUUUCAGAUGAAGAAGAAGAUAUGGAGGAACUAAACGCUGCUAAUAUGGAAGCGUUAUCAAUGAAGUUGGAUGAAGAAGAAGCAUUGGAAGCCGAAGAAGCAGAAAAGGAAUUAAUCGAAACUGAUAAAUUUCAACCAAGAGCUGAUGUUUUACCUACUGAAGAACAGGAAUUAGAAUUGGCUCAACAACAACCCGAUUUGACUACUGUUAGAACAAGAAUGAUUGAAAUUGUUAAAGUUUUGGAAGAUUUCAAGAAUUUAGCAGCUGAGGGUAGAUCUAGAACUGAAUAUACAGAUAGGUUAUUAAAGGAUAUUUGUGAAUACUUUGGUUACACACCAUUUUUGGCGGAAAAAUUAUUUAAUUUAUUCUCACCAGCUGAAGCCAUGGAAUUCUUCGAAGCCAAUGAAAUUGCAAGGCCUAUCACAAUCAGAACUAAUACGUUAAAAACUAGAAGAAGAGAUCUUGCUCAAGCAUUAGUCAAUAGGGGUGUUAAUUUACAACCAAUUGGGUCAUGGACUAAAGUUGGUUUACAAAUUUUUGAUUCUCAAGUUCCAAUUGGUGCUACUCCAGAAUAUUUAGCUGGUAACUAUAUUUUACAAGCUGCGUCCUCCUUCUUACCUGUCAUUGCCCUUGAUCCUCAUGAAAAUGAACGUAUCCUUGAUAUGGCAGCAGCCCCAGGUGGUAAAACUACUUACAUUUCUGCCUUAAUGAAGAAUACUGGUACCGUCUUCGCUAAUGAUGCAAACAAAAAUAGAACGAAAUCUCUAAUUGCUAAUAUCCAUCGUCUAGGUUGUACAAAUACUAUUGUCUGUAAUUAUGAUGCGCGUGAAUUCCCAAAGGUUAUUGGUGGUUUCGAUAGAAUCUUAUUAGACGCACCAUGUUCAGGUACAGGUGUUAUUGGUAAGGAUCAAUCAGUUAAAGUCUCCCGUACAGAAAAGGAUUUUAUUCAAAUUCCACAUCUGCAGAAACAAUUACUUCUAUCGGCUAUUGAUUCUGUCGAUUGUAAUUCGAAACAUGGUGGUAUUAUUGUGUACUCUACAUGUUCCGUUGCAGUUGAAGAAGAUGAAGCUGUUGUCGAUUAUGCGCUAAGGAAAAGACCGAACGUUAAGUUGGUCGAUACUGGAUUAGCUAUCGGUAAGGACGGUUUCACAAGUUUUAGAGGGAAAAACUUCCAUCCAAGUAUAAAGUUGACAAAGAGAUAUUAUCCUCAUACCUAUAAUGUUGAUGGUUUCUACGUUGCCAAAUUCCAAAAGAUUGGUCCUUCUCCACACGAUGAUAACCAAGCAAGCGCUAGAGAAAAGGAAAACCUUGCAAGGCAAGAAGCUGCAGCUGAAGGUAUCAUUCAUUCCGAUUUCUCCAAGUUCGAUGAUGAAGAAGAUGAAAAGUACAUUAAUAAAUCUAAGAAAGUUAAUUUAUUAAAGAAAGGUAUGAAUCCAAAGGGAACAAAAAAUGCUGCAAGGGAUUGA